UUGAAUAAAUUUUUAAUUGAAUAUCGACAACAACUUUGGAUCUACAUAAAAGCGUGACACACACACACACACACACACACACACACACAAGACACAACAAAGUUUUUCUUAUUUAUUCAUUUUUUAAUUUUUGUUUGAAUAAAACUGAAUGCUUUGGCUUACAAAGCCGUCAGAUAAAUUUUGUGCGCUGUCGCGUUAAAAGCUCGCGUCUAAACAUUCGUUAGGGUAUCCGCAGAAAGAGACAGAGCUAGAGCGAGAGAGAGAGAGAGCGAGAGAGAGAGAGAGAGAGAGAGAGAGAGUACAUAUUGGUAAGAGAAACCCUUGGGCUUGGCCAAGGAAACCAUUUUGGUCGUGAAAACAUUUAUCUUAUGGUAUUUCCUAAUUGAUCUCGCGUUGAGAUCAUCGGCAAAAGAGAAGCUCAUUUAAGGCCAUAAACAAAUGAAUACAUAAAUUAUCUGAGCUAUGCAUAAAAUUAAUUCGUCUUCGAUUUCGGUCCAACAGAAGACACAUUCGUCAUGAUUCAUGCGGGAUUCGCUUCAGUUUUCUUGCUGCCCCUGCUCCAACUGGCCGCCGGACAGCUGGUUACUAAUCCCAAGGCCUUGCUUGUGUGCGGCAGCAGCUUGGGCUGCCUGAGGGGCAUCCACAUGCCGGGCUAUCAGAUCAAGCGAUUCGAGGCCUUUCUGGGCAUACCCUAUGCCCAGCCGCCUGUCGGCGAGCUGCGCUUCAGCAAUCCCAAGAUCAUGCCCAAGCUGCGCGGCAUUUACAAUGCCAACGCCGCGAAGCCGGACUGCAUACAGAAGAACUAUCUGCUGCCUACGCCGAUUAUCUAUGGCCAGGAGGAUUGCCUGUACCUCAAUGUCUACAGGCCAGAGCGUCGCUCCGGGCAGCCGCUGCCCGUCCUAGUUUACAUACAUGGCGGCGGCUUCUUCAGCGGCUCCGCUGGGCCGCUGCUCACCGGACCCGAGUACUUCAUGGACACCGGCGAGGUGCUGCUGGUCACCAUGGCCUAUCGGCUGGGCGCCUUGGGUUUCCUUUCCACGCAGGACGCCGCCAUGCCCGGUAACUUUGGGCUCAAGGAUCAGCAGCUGGCGCUGCGCUGGGUGCAGCGCAACAUCAAAUCCUUUGGCGGUGAUCCGCGACGCGUAACUCUGUUUGGACAGAGCGCCGGGGGCGUGGCCACGCACAUGCACAUGCUAAGCGCCCGAUCGGCGGGCCUGUUCCAGCAGGUGAUCAGCAUGAGCGGCACAGCCAAUGUGCCCUUCGCCAUAGAGCCGGAGCCGCUGCAGCAGGCGCGCCGAACCGCUGCGCUCUGCCAGGUGGCGAAUGCCUGGAAUCUGAGCACGCCCAAGCUGGCGCGCGCUCUCCGCAUUGUGGAUGUGGAGACGCUGCUGAAUGCCGGCGACGGUCUCAAGUUCUGGAACGUGGAUCACAUGGCCAACUAUCGGCCCGUCGUGGAGCAAAGCUUCGCCACCGCCGCGGAGGAAGUGGAGCAGGAGGCGUUCCUCAGCGUGCAUCCGCAGACGCUGCUGGCCGAGGGCAGCUACAGGCCGGUACCCUGGCUGCUGGGCACCGUGCCCGAGGAGGGCGCCGUUCGCGUGGUCAACAUCAUGGAGAACGCGACGCUGCGCCAGGAUUUCAAUGGGCGCUUCGACGAGCUGCUGCAGCAGCUGCUCGAGCUGCCCCGGGAGUUCAGCGCGGAGCAGCGGGCACACACGAUGCAGCUGGUGAGCGAAAAGUAUUUCCAUAACAGGAACGAGCUCAGCGAACAGACAGUACAGGGCUUCCUCGAUCUCGUCUCGGAUCGAGGCUUCAAGCAGCCGCUUUACACUGCCGUGCGGCAGCAUUUGGCCAGCGUUCACGUUAGCCGGGAGCCACUGUACUUGUACAGCUUCAACUAUCUGGGCCCGCACAGCUAUGCGUCCGUCUAUACGAGCGCGAAUGUGGGCAACAAAUACGGCGUGGUCCAUUGCGAUGAUCUGAUCUAUCUGUUCCGCAGUCCCAUGCUCUUUCCUGACUUCGAGCGCAACUCGACGGAGGCGAGACUCAUACAAUCCUUUGUGGGCUACUUUGUGCACUUUGCCAAGUUCGGUAAGCCCAGAAAUGUGGAGUCGCUUAGGUCCUGCUCGGAAGCGGUUCUUCUGUCGCGGCCCGAGGGUAUUUGCGAUCAUCAUGUGUUCCAAAAUGCGCCCAACGAUCGGCCGCAGUUCGAGGUGAAUGUUUCGCAAAGGUUUCGUGCGACAAGUGCCAAAUUCUGGUCUAAUUUAUUGGCAGAACCAAAGCAUUAUUAGGAUUAUAAUUUAUUAAAUAUCUUAAGCUAACAUUAAGCGCCUUUAGAAAUACAAUAUAGUUUAUGUAUAUAUAUACACACAAGCUGUGCUGAUUGACUGAUUGAGGAACGACGCACUGUCUUGAACUCCACUAAAAGGCGUGGAAUAUAAGUGGAAAAUGUUACCCUGGAACUUUGUCUAUUUAAUGCGUAGAAAUAUAAACUAAUUUUCAUAUGUUA